UUUUGAUUGUAAAUUCGCGGUAGAGGAACGGUGACGGACAAGAAGCGAAGCCGUUACUACGCUUGUCUUCUUUCCUUGAAUAUCUUCGCAAUCGUCUUCCUUUUUGUCCGUCAAGCAUCAAAAAAAUUAUUAACAACCGUCUUUUACCGAGAGGCAUUUGCAAGUUCUGUGGAUAUAGUCGUAAAUAUGGCCUGUGCAGCUUUAAAGCGUCCUCAUAACUUUGAUCUUCUUGCUGGCAAUAGUCCUGAACAAUUAUCUGGAUCACCAAAAAGACGUAGAUGUGGAGUUGUGGCUACAUCUGCCUCUCCAUCAAGUACUAUAUCACCCUUUUUAGAAGCAACUCCAAGAAUAUGCAGGGAUGAAUUAUCAAGAAAUGUUCAUGAUGAGUGGAGAAGGUUACAGCGUAGAAGGAGGUUGACGUGUCCACCAUCCCCACCUAACAACUCUGGUUCUCAACCUGCAAGUAACAUGCAAAGCGCUACAUCGACAUCAGCUCUAUCUUCAUUUGGUAGCCAUUACAAUUUUCAUUCUCCCUUAAGAGGUUCAAUGUCGCCAACUGGCUCAAUGUCUCCUCCACGCGGAAAGGAUCAGCCAACACUUAGCGUGAAACAAGUCGUGCUGCUCUGUGAAAGAUUGUGGAAGGAAAGAGAAGAAAAGUUGCGUGAAGAGUAUGAUCAUGUACUAAAUGAUAGACUAUCUGAGCAAUACGAUUCAUUCCUCAAAUUUACUCAAGACCAAAUUAUGCGAAAAUUCCAACAGUCUGCCUGUAGUUAUGUAUCCUGAUUUCCCAACUUAAAAGAAAAA